AAAGUUUAGCUAUAAAUACUGAUCCAUUAAUGCAAGAUUUCUCACACCUUGAAUUCAAAACAAGAAAGCUAGACAAAAUGAAAGAUAAUCAUUCUUCCCUUGUUGUAUUAUCUUUCACAUUACUCUUGGGUUUAUUAGCUAAUAAUUCGCCGUUUGUCUCUGCUUAUGACCCAAUCCCUCUUCAAGAUUUCUGUGUAGCCAUUGAUGAGCCGACAAAUGCUGUGUUUGUCAAUGGAAAAUUCUGCAAAGACCCCAACCUUUUUGUAGCAGAUGAUUUCUCUUUUUUAGGACUGAAAACUCCAAGAAAUACAGGAAAUAAGGUCGGGUCAAAUGUAACUAUGUUGAAUGUUGACAGAAUACCCGGUUUGAAUACUCUUGGAAUUUCUCUGGCUCGAAUUGACUAUGCACCAAAUGGUGGAUUAAACCCUCCACAUACUCAUCCUCGAGCUACGGAGAUUCUUGUAGUUGUUGAAGGCACUCUUUCCGUUGGCUUCGUUACAUCAAACCCUAAUCGACUCAUCAGUAAAGUACUAUACCCAGGAGAUGUUUUUGUUUUUCCGAUUGGUUUGAUUCAUUUUCAGAUGAAUAUUGCAAAGACAAAUGCAGUGGCUUUUGCUUCAGAAUAG